GAAAACAGCUGUUCCCCCAAACCAGGGAGAAGAGGAAGAACAUAGGUUAUGAAAACACGAGCUACUCCGAAAUGUUGAGAAAAUCGUUUACAAACCUGCCCCGUUUUGGCCAGAUGUGCGGUCUGCCGCGACGGCUGCAGAGCACACAACCAGAGCAAUCUGUUGAAACGGAGCCAGAAGACUUUGCACUGGUCGAACAACGGAUACUGAAGCAUCCAGACUACUUCCAGGUACACAACCUGUUCACCGUGCGCGAUCUCUUCAACGCCCGGGUGCAUUAUGGCCACAAGGAGGGCUCCCUGGACGACCGCAUGCGUCCGUAUUUGUUCGGCAGUCGGCUUGGUCAUCUGAUCUUUGAUCUGGACAAGACGGCUUCCCAUCUGCGCGAUGCCCUCAACUUUGCCGCCCACAUCGCUUUCCGAGAUGGUAUUAUCCUAUUCUUCAAUCGCAACGCCAUGAACUCGCACAUCGUCGAGCAGAAAGCCCAGGAAGCCGGGGAAUUCUCACACACACGCUUCUGGCGCGGUGGCAUUUUUACCAAUGCCAAUGUACAAUUCGACGCAGUCACCCGGCUACCCGAUCUCUGCAUUUUCCUGAACACGCAAAACAACGUGAUGGCCCAGCACACGGCCGUGCGCGAUGCUGCCAAGAUGGCCAUUCCCACGAUUGGAGUUGUGGACAGCAAUUGCAAUCCCAAUUUGAUUACCUACCCAGUUCCCGGCAACGAUGACUCCCCAGCAGCAGUAGAGCUGUACUGCAAUUUAUUCAAGGAAGCCAUUCUGCGUGGCAAGCGGGAGCGUCGCCAAAUCCUAGGCCUUCCGCCCCUGGACGAAUCCCAGCGUCGCAGUCGUAAGCCCAAGAAAUAGCCUUAGAAGUCUAGUUGAAUCUGGGUGUCAAAUUGAUUUUGUUACAUUUAUCUGAAUACAAAUACCGAUGUCCGUCGAUCAAAGUUGUAGAAGAAACUGCUGCCCUUGAAA